GGACAACUUUUCUGAUCCGGCAAGAUACCAGGAAGCUUUAAAGUUCUGAAAUGAAAUGUUUCACUAUUUAGAACGCCAAACGUCGAAAAGUGUUGAAGCAUACAAUCAAACCAAUGGACCAAUUACUUAUUAUACAAUUGUUAUUUACAUCAUUUAUGGUUCGUCCUCGUGCCAUAUUUCUAGAUGAAUCAAAGAACCAACUUGAAGGUCAUUUACCUCAAAAUGCUGAAGGUUGUCCACUGCUUAUUCCCGUAUUACAGAAUUGCAAAUGGAGUAUGAUAACUGGUGGAAGAAGUACUAUUGGCGAUUACAACAAAGUUGGAAGCAUAAUACAAUUUUGGAAAUAUUUAUCAACUACUAGUGUCUAUAUGUAUUGUCAGUCAAAUGGUACAUACAAUAAAAUAUCGGAAUGUGUACGAGUUAGUAAUGCCGGAUGCAAUGCACCUUCAAAAUCAUCACAGACUCACUUGCGUUUUAGUCCGGUUGAUCCGUGGUUUUCUAUUGGAAGAGUUUUGAGGUAUUAUUGUGGUGACCCCGGUUAUGAUUUGAUUGGAAAUGCCACAAGCACCUGUAUAAAAUCAAAGGUUUGGAGUAGCCACAUACCGACUUGUGAAUUAAAACGUGAAGGCUGCCAGUAUCCUGGCAGUUUCGAAAACGGAUAUUAUUUAGAUUCAAAUAUGGAUGUCUACAGCACUGGAAUUAAAUUCGUUAAUGAAGUUAUCGUAGCGUAUUGUAAUGAGAAGUUUUCAUUUCACAAUCAACUUAUAAAAAGAACAUGUCAGAGAGGAGGUGUUUGGACGGGAGGGAAGCCAUAUUGUGUUUUGAUAACCUGUGAGCCACCGAAAACACCUUCAAAUGCAUUUUACACAUUUAUAAACGGGAGUAGAUAUACAUACGAAAACAUGUCUGUAGGAACAAAUAUUUAUCUUAAAUGUAAAGAAAUGUUUCAUUUAACUGGAAACAACUACAGUGUGUGUCAGUCUGACGGAACAUGGGCUAAUCUUAACCAUUCUUGCAUGCGAGUUACUUGCAAAGGACCUACGUAUGUAACAAAUGGUGGCUAUUAUACAAGUAAUAAUAUUAGAUACACAGGCUGGAGUGUCAGUUUAAAUACAUACAUUUAUGGAUUUUGUGAAAUAGGAUAUGCCUCACCCCAUUACAACUCACGCACGUGUACAGCUGAUGGAAGCUGGUCCGGUGUGGCACCGAAUUGUUCUAGGAUCACAUGUAAAAUACCCUCAGCGUAUAACAAUGGCGAAUAUUAUUUAAAUUUUGGAAACUUCUCAGACUUUUUAGUAUUUCAGUUAAAUGAUAGUAUUUUUGUAGAAUGUCAAACUGGCUUUACUUUAACAACAAGUGAACAGAGACACUGUGUACAUAGUGGCAACACCGGAAAAUGGAGUGGAGAAGAUCCUGUUUGUUCUCCAGUCACUCAAAUGUCACAGGAAGAUUUGAAAAAUAAUGGACAAGAUGUUAUUAUAGCUGCCAUUUGUAGCACCAUCAGUAUUCUUUUAUUAGCAGCUGGCAUUGGUGUCUUCUUUGUUGUGCGUAAAAGGCGACGUUUAACGAGACGGAAACAGCCGAUGUGCUACUAUGGACGUCGUGAGGGAACAGCUAACAGUCUUGGGAGAACCAGUAAUGAUUAUAAUGACAAUCAAGAGACUCAGUUCGAUUCUGAAUCACAUGCAAGAUCUGUACAACAAGAAGGUGAGCAGGAUUCUUAUUGUACUCCAAAUAACACAUAUAUCAAUACAACUUUGGCUGCACAGAAUAUUGAUGCAAUUCCGGAACAAGCAUAUUAUGACUUUAGGAAGCCUAUGACAUUGCCAACCACAGCAAUCAAAGUAGAGAAUCUACUAGAUCUUGUAACUGGUAACACUGAAAAGGAACGGUUUGAAAAAGAGUUUAAGGGCCUGCCUCAAGGUAUGACAGAAAAUUAUUCUGAUGCCAUGAAAUCACAGAACAAAAAGAAGAACAGAUACACUAACCUGUAUGCAUAUAACGACACGCGAGUUGUUCUUGGCAUAGAUGAAGGGACAAGUUCAGACUCCGAUUAUAUUAACGCUUGUUACAUUAAUGGCUUCAAGCAAGUAAGGAAAUACAUUGCGUCACAAGGGCCAACAAAGGAGACACUACAAGAUUUCUGGAAGAUGGUAUGGCAGGAUGAUAGCUGUAAAAUUGUUAUGCUUACUAAUGUUAUAGAAGAAGGAAAGAAUAAAUGUACACAGUAUUGGCCAGAACAUGGAAAUGAAAUGUUUGGAAAUAUAGAAAUUCGCGUAAAGAAGAUUGAGCAAUUUUCACAAUUUACUUUACGGACAUUCGCGUUAAAAAAGGCUAACUUGGCAGAGAAGGUGGUGACCCAAUUCCAUUUUACUGCAUGGCCAGACAAAGGUAUUCCAAGACACGCCUCUUCACUAGUGCACUUUCUAAACAAAACUAAUAAUGCACCUGUACGUGGAAAAGGACCCAUGAUCGUUCACUGCAGUGCUGGCGUUGGACGAACUGGUACUUUCAUUGCACUAGACUAUCUUACGGAACAGGGAAAGACUUUGGGAUACGUUGAUGUUGCUGGCUGUGUAACAGCUCUUAGGAGACAGAGAGUUAAUCUUGUACAGACACUGGAUCAGUACAUUUUCGUGCAUCAAGCCUUGGUAGAAUCUAUAAUGAUGUCAUCCUGUGCUGUACCUGCCCACAAGUUCCAACAAGCCUUUCAAGAACUACUGACAACAGAUACUGUCAAGAAGAAGAGAAAAAUUUGCAUUGAGUUUGAGACACUGCAAAAAGUAUCACCAAUUACUGAAGAUUGUGAAUAUGUAUCAGCAAAAUUUGUCAGAAAUCGAAGGAAGAACAGAGACCCAGAUAUACUGCCCGUGGAAGAAUUCAUGCCUACCUUGACAUCAGAUGGAGGAAAGACAGAAUAUAUCAAUGCUGUUUUCUUACCGAGUUACAAUGAAACGAAAGCAUUUAUUAUAACACACACACCAUUGCAAACAACUCGAGAUGAUUUUUGGAUGCUUGUCUGGGAACAUGACAUUCACUCUAUUGUUAUGAUGAAUAGCUGUCAGAAAGUCAUGAAUGAAGAGAAAUAUUGGCCGGAAAGGAAACCAGUCGUAUUUGGGAAAAUCGAAAUAUCAACUGACAGUACUGACAACAUGAAUAACCAUCAAGUAUUGUCGCUAUCUCUUAAGAAAUCGGAUAAGACACGACGUAUCAGGCUAUUCCAGUGUGGGGAAUGGCCUGAAAACAAAAGCCUGCCUGAUUCGCCGAGUGUUAUCUUGUCCUUGAUGGAAAUUGUACAGACUUGGCAACAGCAAACUGGAAAUCAAAAGAUCCUCGUUCAUUGCAUGAACGGAGCAGACAGGAGUGGGUUAUACUGUGUUAUCACAUCAGUCAUAGAGCGAAUGAAGAUUGAGCAGGACGUCGCAAUAGCUCAUGUAAUCGAAGAGAUGAGAAAUGCCAGAGAACAGAUAAUAACGUCUCUGGAGCAGUAUCAGUUUUGUCACGAAGCGGUGCUUUCCUUCAUGCAACAAUAUGACACAUAUUCGAACUUUCAAUACCAACCUGAGGAAGAGCUCUCAUUUCUUAGUCUAUCAUCGACAAUCAAUGAAAGUGCUAUAUAAUGUAGAGUAGUGAAUGUGAUGUAUAGUUGAUAUGUUAGAGUCAUUUUUAGACGAAUAAGUAAAUGCAAGCCCGAAUGCGACGUUAUCCGAACCAAGGUUAACAUUUUCUUAGUUUGCGUUCGCUGAAAAACUACUUGCCUGUUAAGUAUUUUCCAAAAUAUUUUUUCUUAAAUUGGAUGAAUAUUUAUGUGUAAGUAAAUCUGAGCUUCCUGCCAUUAACGUCAAAUUAUGAAUAUGACAUCACUGACAUGUUUGGCAAGCAUAUCGUCUGAGAAUCAGUGUUGAAAAAAGGUUAGCGUUUUGACAAAACCAUGGAAAGAGAUAAUUGAUAUCCUGCACAAGGAUUAAAAGAGGACGCCAUGAAGAACGCACUAUUUCAUCAAUGGUAUAGGACUUUUUAAAAGGAUCAGGGAGUAUCGCUGACAACCAGAACCUAUGGUAAAAUGUUAAAAGACAAUAAUAUCUGGCCCAGUUAACGCCUUGAAAUGGAUCGAUCACCUGAAAAUUAUGAAACAAUAAAAGAACCUAAAUGUUUAUAACCACAUGCACUACUAUAAAUUUUGGAAUGCACGGUGUCAUUUAUGCUUUAAUCGUACAUUAGUUCUCACAUGUUUUACUUGUAGAAUGGUCAGAAACGAGUAAUUUAAGAAUAUCAGAUCUUUUUAUUUACGACUGAUUAACUGAACAGAGCUUACCAUAAACAGUAACACUAAUGGGUACAAUAUACACAAUGCCUUCUGUCUAAUUCCAAAAUACUGCUUAAGAACUAUUGGCCCGAAGGAAACCCAAUUGUAGUUGGAAACACUAAAAUUCCAACUGACUGUAUUGAUAAGAUUAAUGCUCAUCUUAUAGUGUUCCUUACUCUACGAAAAGCAAUGAGGUAAAUGCCCAUAUCAAAGAAUGCCCUCCCAUAAAAUGUCAUAAUUCAAUAAAAGUAAAUAUUCACUAUUAUCUAACAUACUGCAUGUAAAAUGGAUUUGUAGAGCCUGCAUCAUAAAGAUGCGUACAAUUUGUCACAACAGAAAUAUUUCUACGACUUAAAACUAAACAAAGGAGUUUUAAAGAUUUUAUUAAAAAUGCCUCGUUCAGAAAUGUAUUAAGAGUAUUUUAUGUGAACAUGAUUGAAUAUUGUGUCGCCCCGGAAGAACCUUAUGUGGAUAAACUUUCAGUUCUGAAAGUUCAGAAAUACAUUUAUCUUAAUAUUCUCUAUAUAAUGUCUAUUAUGCUUAUAUCAUCCUGAAUACAUGUUAACAUUUAUGUAUGAAUUUUUUGUCGUAUGUAUACAUUAACCUUCUCUUGAUAUUCUGUAACCACGCAUUUUAAAUGUAAACAGCCGUACUUCAUUACUACCCUAAGCGCAGUAUCACAGUCAUGUAAUUUAAGCAUUUAAUGCAGUUGUAUAUUCUUUGUUGUGUCGAUGAGCUUGUCAUGCUUAAGACGAAUACAAUGUAUGCUAUUUUAUGUUGUGAUUAAAAUUGUUUUGGCAAAGGAAGCUUUCUGAACCUGAAUGAGAGUCGAAAUAAUUACAUGUGUAAUUCACAACAUAAUUAUUAUAGUACCCUUUGAUGUAUAAAUUUUACAUUUGUCAAUAAAAAGAUGGAUUAACACAAA